AUGUCUGGCGGCGCCGCCGACCAGCAGAGCAGCGCGCCGGGCUCUCUCUUCCUCUCGCCGCCGGCGCCUGCCCCCAAGAAUGGCUCCAGCUCGGACUCCUCGGUGGGGGAGAAACUGGGCGCCGCGGCGGCCGACGCCGCAGCCGGACGGACGGAGGAGUACCGGCGUCGCCGCCAUACCAUGGACAAGGACAGCCGGGGGGCGGCCGCGACCACCACCACGGAGCACCGUUUCUUCCGCCGCAGCGUCAUCUGCGACUCCAACGCUACGGCGCUGGAGCUGCCCGGCCUCCCUCUGCCGCUGCCCCAGCCCGGCGCGGCUGCCGUGGUCCCGCAGCGGAGCCCCCCGGAGCCCCCGCGCGAGGAGACCCUGACCCCCGCUGCCGCCGCCCAGGUGGCCCAGCAGCCGCCCGCCGCCGCCGCCGCCGCCCGCGAAGAGCCGGUCGCCGCGGGGCCGGCCACCUCUUCGGCCCCGGGUAGCGCGGGCGCAGACCGCCAGGCUGUCCAGCCCGGCCCCGUGGGGAGCCGAGAGGAGCCUCCGUCGUCUAGAAGUGGCAGCGGCGGCGGCAGCGCCAAGGAGCCCCAGGAGGAACGGAGCCAGCAGCAGGAUGACAUCGAGGAGCUGGAGACCAAGGCCGUGGGCAUGUCCAACGACGGCCGCUUUCUCAAGUUUGACAUCGAGAUCGGCAGGGGCUCCUUUAAGACGGUCUACAAGGGUCUGGACACCGAGACGACCGUGGAGGUCGCCUGGUGUGAGCUGCAGGAUCGGAAGUUAACCAAGUCUGAGAGGCAGCGAUUUAAAGAAGAGGCUGAAAUGUUAAAGGGUCUUCAGCAUCCCAAUAUUGUUCGAUUCUAUGAUUCCUGGGAAUCCACAGUAAAGGGAAAGAAGUGCAUUGUGUUGGUGACUGAACUGAUGACAUCUGGAACUCUUAAAACGUACCUGAAAAGGUUUAAGGUGAUGAAGAUCAAAGUUUUGAGAAGCUGGUGCCGUCAGAUUCUUAAAGGACUUCAGUUUCUUCAUACUCGAACUCCACCUAUUAUUCACCGGGAUCUUAAGUGUGACAACAUCUUUAUCACUGGCCCCACGGGCUCAGUCAAGAUUGGAGACCUAGGUCUGGCCACCCUGAAGCGGGCUUCUUUUGCCAAGAGUGUGAUAGGUACCCCAGAGUUCAUGGCCCCUGAGAUGUAUGAAGAGAAGUAUGAUGAAUCCGUUGAUGUUUAUGCUUUUGGAAUGUGCAUGCUCGAGAUGGCCACGUCUGAAUACCCGUACUCAGAGUGCCAGAACGCUGCACAGAUCUACCGUCGAGUGACUAGCGGAGUGAAGCCAGCCAGUUUUGACAAAGUAGCAAUUCCUGAAGUGAAGGAAAUUAUUGAAGGAUGCAUACGGCAAAACAAAGAUGAAAGAUACUCUAUCAAAGACCUUUUGAACCAUGCCUUCUUCCAGGAGGAAACAGGGGUACGGGUAGAAUUAGCAGAAGAAGAUGAUGGAGAAAAGAUAGCCAUUAAAUUAUGGCUACGUAUUGAAGAUAUUAAGAAACUAAAGGGGAAAUACAAAGACAAUGAAGCUAUCGAGUUUUCCUUUGACUUGGAGAAAGAUGUGCCAGAAGAUGUUGCUCAAGAAAUGGUAGAUUCUGGGUAUGUCUGUGAAGGUGACCACAAGACCAUGGCAAAAGCCAUCAAAGAUAGAGUAUCGUUAAUUAAGAGAAAACGAGAACAGCGUCAAUUAGUGCGGGAGGAGCAAGAAAAAAGAAAGCAGGAGGAGAGCAGCCUCAAGCAGCAGGCGGAGCAGCAGCCCAGCACCUCCCAGGCCGGAGUGCAGCAGCCGCCUGCCACCAGCACUGGCGGACCCGCUGCCUCUGCUGCGUCUGCGUCCGUCUCCACGCAGGUAGAGCCGGAAGAGCCUGAGGCCGACCAGCACCAGCAGCUGCAGUACCAGCAGCCUGGUGUGUCUGUGAUAUCUGACGGGACAGUUGACAGUGGUCAAGGGUCUUCUGUCUUCACGGAAUCUCGAGUGAGCAGCCAACAGACAGUUUCGUACGGGUCCCAGCAUGAGCAGGCACCUUCCACUGGCGCCCUCCCAGGGCACACAGCAUCUGUUGUCCAAGCGCAGGCUCAGCCCCAUGCAGUAUAUCCACCCUCAAGUUUGCCUCAGUCCAUGGCGCAUCCGCGUGGGGGGACCCCAACAUACCCAGAAUCACAGAUAUUUUUCCCAACUAUUCAUGAACGUCCAGUUUCUUUUUCACCACCUCCCACCUGUCCACCGAAGGUGGCCAUUGCCCAGCGGCGUAAGAGCACCUCCUUCUUGGAAGCCCAAACUCACCAGUUCCAACCCCUGCUGAGGACUGUCGGCCAGAGUCUUCUUCCACCUGGUGGCAGCCCACCUAACUGGACUCCAGAGACUGUAGUCGUGUGGGGCCCUGCAGCCAGCAGAGUCGCUGGAGAGCUGUGUGAGGUGCAGGCCCAUCCUGUGUUUGAGCCAGCUCCAGUUUACAGUGACUACAGAGCUGGACUGGUGCUUCCAGAAGAAGCUCACUACUUCCUCCCUCCAGAAGCAGUGUAUCUAGCCGGGGUACAUUACCAGGCCCAGGUGGCAGAACAGUUUGAGGGUAUUCCAUACAGCUCUCCAGUCCUGUCAAGUCCUAUGAAGCAGACACCUGAGCAGAAGCCAGUGCGCGGGGGCCCCACCUCCAGUUCUGUCUUUGAAUUUCCAUCGGGACAGGCUCUUCUGGUAGGACACCUCCAGAAUGUAAGAUUAGAUUCGGGACUGAGCCCAGGCUCUCCCCUGUCUAGCGUUUCUGCACCUGUCAGUACAGAUGCCACACACUUGAAGUUUCACCCUGUCUUUGUUCCUCAUUCUGCACCUGCUGUGUUAACUCAUAACAACGAAAGCAGAAGCAGUUGUGUGUUUGAGUUUCACAUUCAUACUCCAAGCUCCUCUUCAGGAGAAGGAGAGGGAGGAGUUUUACCUCAGCGCAUUUACCGAAAUCGGCAGGUUGCUGUGGACUCGAACCAGGAAGAACCACCUCCUCAACCUGCAGGAUUACACAGCCGCCUGCAGCCUGUGACUGAAGAGCAGCAGACGCCCCAGGCCCCAGAGUUGACCAUCUCUGUGGUGGAGCCCACCGGACAGACCUGGCCCAUAGGAAGCCCAGAGUACUCCAGUGAUUCCUCCCAGGUCACUUCUUCAGACCCCAGUGAAUUUCAGUCACCUCCCCCUACAGGGGGAGCAGCUGCUCCUUUUGGCUCUGACGUCUCAUUACCCUUUAUCCGCCUGCCUCAGACAGUGUUGCAAGAAUCCCCACUCUUCUUCUGUUUCCCCCAAGGAGCCACCUCUCCGCAGGUUUUAUCCGCCUCAUUUUCUUCAGGAGGAUCUGCACUCCAUCCACAGGCACAGGGGCAGAGCCAGGGUCAGCCAUCUUCAAGUAGUUUAACAGGGGUUCCAUCCUCCCAACCCAUGCAGCAUUCUCAGCAGCAGCAAGGAGUGCAGCCAACAGCCCCCUCUCAGCAGGCGGCGCAGUAUCCGCUCCCUCAGGCAUCGGCCCCCAGCGAGGCCUCAAUUGCUCAGCCCGUGAGUCAGCCUCCACCUCCACAGGCCUUGCCACACGUGUCCGCGGGAAAACAGCUUCCAGUUUCCCAGCCAGUACCAACUCUCCAAGGCGAACCUCAGAUCCCAGUUGCAACACAGCCCUCAGUCGUUCCCGUCCAUGCUGGUGCUCACUUCCUUCCUGUGGGACAGCCGCUCCCGCCCUCUUUACUGCCCCAGUACCCCAUCUCUCAGCUGCCGCCCGUCUCUCAGCUCCCCUCUGCUCCUCCUCAUGUGUCUGUGGCUCAGCCAGGCUUCCCACCCCUGCCCGUCACGAUGGCAGCUGGCAUUAGUCAGCCUCUGCUCACCUUGGCUUCAUCUGCUGCGGCGGCGGCUGUCCCAGGGGCACCCGCUGUGGUCCCUAGUCAGCUUCCUGCCCUGCUGCAGCCUGUGACCCAGCUGCCGAGUCAGGCUCACCCUCAGCUCCUGCAGCCAGCAGUUCAGUCCAUGGGGAUCCCCGCCAGCCUUGGACAGACUGCCGAGGUGCCACUUCCCCCUGGAGAUAUUCUCUACCAGGGCUUCCCACCUCGACUGCCAUCACAGUACCCAGGAGACUCAAACAUUGCUCCCUCCUCCAGCGCAGCUUCUGUGUGCCUGCCUUCUGCAGUCCUGUCCCCUCCCAUGCCAACAGAAGCGCUGGCUGCCCCUGGUUACUUUCCUGCAAUGGUGCAGCCCUAUGUGGAAUCCAGUCUCUUGGUUCCUGUGGGCAGUGUAGGAGGACAGGUCCAGGUGUCCCAGCCGGCAGUGAGCUUAGCACAAGCCCCCACCACAUCCUCCCAGCAAGCAGCUCUGGAGAGCGCUCAGGUCGUCUCUCAGGUGGCUCCUUCAGAGCCAGCUCCCGGGGCUCAGCCACAGCCUGCCCAGCCAGCCACGGUGGUCUCUUCUGUAGACAGCGCACACUCAGAUGUGGCUUCAGGCAUGAGUGAUGGCAACGAGAACGUCCCCUCUUCCAGCGGGAGGCAUGAGGGCAGGACGACGAAGCGGCUGCAUCGGAAGUCUAUAAGGAGCCGCUCUCGUCAUGAGAAGCCUUCCCGCCCCAAACUGAGAAUUCUCAAUGUUUCAAAUAAAGGAGAUCGGGUGGUAGAAUGUCAGUUAGAGACUCACAAUCGGAAGAUGGUUACAUUCAAAUUCGAUUUAGAUGGUGACAACCCUGAGGAGAUAGCCACAAUUAUGGUGAACAAUGACUUUAUUCUGGCACUGGAGAGAGAUGCGUUUGUGGAGCAAGUGCGGGAGAUCAUUGAGAAAGCCGACGAGAUGCUCAGUGAGGAUGUCAGCGUGGAGCCAGAGGGUGACCAGAGCUUGGAGAGUCUCCAUGGCAAGGAUGACUAUGGCUUCUCAGGCGCCCAAAAAUUGGAAGGAGAGUUCAAACAACCGAUUCCUGCAUCUUCCAUGCCACAACAGAUAGGCGUUCCUGCCAGUUCUUUAACUCAAGUUGUUCAUUCUGCUGGAAGACGGUUUAUAGUAAGUCCUGUGCCAGAAAGUCGAUUACGAGAAUCAAAACUUUUCACUGAAAUUUCAGAUACGGUUGCUGCUUCCACAUCUGCGGGCCCUGGAAUGAACUUGUCUCACUCUGCCUCGUCCCUUAGUCUACAGCAGGCCUUUUCUGAACUUAGACACGCUCGGAUGGCAGAAGGGCCGAGCACGGCUCCUCCCCACUUUGGUCAGACAGGCCCUGUGUUUCCAGCAGUGCCUCCCCCACUGAGCAGCGCCCCUGGAGCCCCGGCCGCAGCAGCUGCAGCCUCAGUGUCAGCCUCUGCCCCGAGUCACCCUCUUAGUGACGUGGCCACAUCGGUCAUUCAGGCUGAGGUGACAGUGGCCCCUGGAACAGGUGUCAUGCCUCCCAGUGGUCUCCCUGUACCCCCUGCAUCUGAGUCCCUGGCACCUUCCAGCGUGGCCCCCAGCAUCACCAUCCCUGCAGUUCUCUCGGCACUGCCGGUGCCCCAGGCAGCGCAGGCUCCCACCCCCGGCGGCAGGGCCUCCAGUGCAGGCACUUUCCCCUCUGCACCCACAUCCCUGGCACCAGCCUCUGCUGUGGGCAGUGCUGUUGCCUCCGCUGCUCAGCUUCCACCUGUGCCGUCUCAGCCCGCGGCAGGCAGCUCGGCCGGGGUGGCCACGCUGACAGCCAUUCCCGCUGCCGCUCUGGGCCCCAGCCUCAUGGCACCGCCGUCCCUUGCUCUCAGCAGCAGCACCUCCACCCCGGCUCUGGCGGAAACAGUGCUGGUCAGUGCCCACGCCCUGGAUAAGACAGCUCACAGCAGCACCACUGGACUGGCUCUGCCCAUUCCUGCCACCUCGUCCUCUCCAGCCCCCGGAGCAGGAGUGUCCAGUGCUGUUUCUCAGCCUGUUGCUGCGGCUCACCCUUUGGUUCUCCCAGCAGUCAUAGCCUCUACUCCCGUACUCUCCCAGGCAGGACCCAUGUCAACACCCCUACUGCCCCAGGUACCCGGUAUCCCACCCCUGGUACAGCCUGUUGUCAGCGUGCCUGCCGUGCAGCAGACCCUGGUUCAUAGUCAGCCUCAGCCCGCUCCGCUCCCCAACCAGCCCCACACUCACUGUCCUGAGAUAGACACCGACACUCAACCCAAAGCUCCCGGGAUCGACGAUAUCAAGACUUUGGAGGAAAAGCUGCGAUCUCUCUUUAGUGAGCAUGGCUCAUCUGGAGCCCAGCAUGCCCCCGUCUCGCUGGAGACCUCACUCGCUGUGGAAACCGCGGUCACAGCAGGCCUCCCGACUGCUGCUGUUGCACCAAGCAAGCCUCUGACUUCCUCUGCCAGUACUUGCUUGCCACCGGCCAGUCUGCCAUUAGGAGCAGCUGGCUUAUCAGUUAUACCAACGGUCACUCCUGGGCAAGUUCCCACCCCAGUCAGCUCUGCGCCAGGAGUGAAACUGGAAACUCCUCCAGCAAAGCCACCUUUAACUAAGCCUCCAGUGCUGCCCGUGGGCACUGAACUUCCAGCUGGUACUCCGCCCAGUGAGCAGCUGCCACCAUUUCCGGGACCUUCACUAACUCAGCCCCCGCAGCCCCUGGGAGACCUGGACGCUCAGCUGAGAAGAACCCUCAGUCCCGAGAGUGGCGUGCUGACGUCUGCCGUUGGUCCCGUGUCUGUGGUGGCUCCAGCAGUGGUUGUGGAGACAGGAGCCCAGCUUCCGAAGGAUGUCUCUCAAGUCACAGAAGCUCCUGUCCUUGCACCCACUUCUACAGCUGGUGUUCUGAAGAUGGGGCGAUUUCAGGUUUCCGUUGCAAUGGAUGAUCCCCAGAAAGAGGGUACAAGUAAGUCAGAGGAUGUCAAGUCUGUCCACUUCGAAUCCAGCACGUCAGAGUCCUCAGUUCUGUCGAGUAGCAGCCCCGAGAGCACCGUGGUGAAGGCAGAGCCCAAUGGGCUGGCCAUCCGGGGCGCCUCUGCAGAUGUGCCGGACAGCGCCCGCCCGCUGCCCACCUCAGAAGCUGGGCAGCCUAGCAGGGUUGGCCGCUUCCAGGUGACCACCACAGCGAGCAGAGUGGGCCGCUUCUCUGUGUCCAGAACCGAAGACAAGAUGGCUGAGGUGAAGGGAGAGGAGCCAGUGGCCUCCCCUCCUUUCGUGGACUCGGAACACGACCUUCCUCCCACCGUGACGCCAAAGAAAGAGAAACCUGAACUGUCGGAGCCUUCGCAUCUGAACGGGCCGUCUUCCGACCUGGAGGCUGCCUUCCUCAGCCGGGAUGCGGAUGCCGGCUCAGGGAGCCCACACUCCCCUCCGCAGCUGAGCUCCAAGAGCCUUCCUGCCCAGAGCCUCAGUCAGAGCCUCAGCAAUUCCUUCAACUCUUCCUACAUGAGCAGUGACAAUGAGUCAGACAUUGAAGACGAGGACUUAAAGUUAGAGCUUCGCCGACUACGGGAAAAACAUCUUAAAGAGAUUCAGGACCUGCAGAGUCGCCAGAAGCAUGAAAUUGAGUCUUUAUACACCAAACUGGGCAAGGUUCCUCCCGCUGUCAUCAUUCCCCCAGCAGCCCCCCUUGCAGGGAGAAGGAGGCGACCCACCAAAAGCAAAGGGAGCAAGUCCAGUCGCAGCAGCUCUUUGGGGAAUAAAAGCCCUGGACCAGGUCAGCCGUGGACAUCCUGUACCCUGUCUGGUCAGAGUGCAGCUUCAGUCUUGCAUCCUCAGCAGACCCUCCCUGCUCCUGGCAGCAUCCCAGAGACAGGGCCCAACCAGCUGUUACAGCCCAUGAAGCCAUCUCCUUCCAGUGACAACCUGUAUUCGGCCUUCACCAGUGAUGGUGCCAUUUCAGUACCAAGCCUUUCUGCUCCAGGUCAAGGGACCAGCAGCACCAACGCCGUCGGGGGAGCCGUGAGCAGCCAGGCCGCCCCGGCUCCACCUCCUGCCGUGACGUCCAGCAGGAAGGGCACGUUCACGGAUGACCUGCACAAGCUGGUGGACAACUGGGCCCGGGACGCCAUGAGUCUCUCAGGCAGGCGGGGAAGCAAAGGACACGUGAGCUAUGAGGGCCCUGGCAUGGCAAGGAAGUUCUCCGCGCCCGGUCAGCUGUGCGUCUCCAUGACCUCAAACCUGGGCGGCUCUGCCCCCGGCUCUGCAGCGUCAGCUACCUCUCUAGGGCACUUCCCCAAGUCCAUGUGCCCCCCUCAGCAGUACGGUUUCCCUGCCCCCCCGUUUGGCACGCAGUGGAGUGGGACGGGUGGCCCGGCACCUCAGCCGCUUAGCCAGUUCCAGCCUGUGGGAACAGCCUCCUUACAGAAUUUCAACAUCAGCAACUUGCAGAAAUCCAUCAGCAACCCCCCAGGUUCCAACCUGCGGACCACGUAG